AUGCAGACUGCCCCGAUAUCAGCGAACACGCAGUCAGCCAACACAGAACCUGCCGAACAACCGCGCCUAUUCCAGUGUAGCACUUGCAAGAGGUCUUUCACACGUGCAGAUCACCUCACAAGACAUGUGAGAGCGCGUAAGUCAGUAGCUAGAAUCCCGAAGAUCAAUAUGAUACCAUUGAGCUUGACUCGAUCCAAGCCUUACAUUUGUCCCGUCUGCUCCAAAGGCUUUGCCAGAAUAGACUUACUCAAGAGACAUGUAACAAACCACGAUACAGAGCCUGCCAGUAAGCGGCAAAAACGCGAGAUCGCUCGUGAUACCAGAGUUGUCCAGGCUUGUGAAGCUUGCUCUCAAAGCCAUCUUCGAUGCGAAGACGAAAAGCCAUGUAGUCGUUGCAAGAAGAAGAAAAUACCCUGCCGGGUACCUGAAACUCCUGCUCCAGAUGAAAACGACAUCCAUGAGAUUGAUGCAGUUCAUGCGGCACAGGAUCUGCUCGACCUUUCGAAUGGAUUUGAUUACCCCUCAUCGCUGCCGGCUCACAGCGGGAGCGGCAAUCCUUCGGCAUCUACGACUUCAGAGACCCCAGAGCCAUUUCACAACCCACCGCCCAUGCUCAUAACAGACACCACAAAUAUGCACCGGCAAUCCGUGGAUCCUGGUGACCCUGAGACAAGAACAACGAAUUUGACAGACAUGCAGCCACCAACCAACAACGGCGGUGGACUCGUCGUGAUGAAUCAGAACUACGAAGAUCCUAACGCAACCAUGACUUUCCUCGAUAAUUCCAUGUCGCACUUUGAUAACACGCCAGGGCACAACCCUUUCUUACCAGAUUAUUUUCGCAGCAUGCCCCCUUUCGAGGCAUUCAUGUCUGGUCAGGCAACUCCACGUGGUAUCAUGGAUUUCAGCUUCGAUCUUGAUGUUGGAUUGACUGACCUCGAUCUUGGACUUCUUGAUCAAUACAAUUUCCAGGUUCCGUUCGCCGCCGAUACGCCAUCUACGGAUGCUCAAGGGGCGGAGCAACAAUUGUCGGAGACUGACACUGCGCCAUUAAGGGCGGAAGCCUUCAAGCAGAGCAUAUGGCGGUAUCUUCCUCAACGGUCGAGAAACCAUACUGCAGAACAAGUCAACUUGGCUGUACCGGACACAGAGAAAGACAGCUACCGGCGUUCGAACUUUACACAUCGGCGCGUGGUAGCAGAAAACCCAGAGAACGUCAAACGUAUAGCGUCCGCCUUUCCCAGUAUGGAGCUACUGGAUGGUCUGAUCCAAUACUUUCUAUCUUCACCAUCGAUAGAUGCGCCCAUGUGGUUCCAUUUACCAACCUUCUCUCCUUCGAAAAUGAACCCAGAAUUGCUUGCUUCUGUAGUUUCUGCUGGGGCUGCUACACUCCCUGACAUAUCUUUGCGAAAGCUAGGUUAUGCUCUGCAUGAAGCUUCGAGGAUGGGCCAAUCAAAAUCCUUCGAAGAGGACAACACCGCCAUCAGAGAUCUCCAACAUCUACAGACGUUCCUUCUGCAGCUCAAAGUUGGUAUGUGGAGUGGCAUCAGCCGGAAGAUGGAGAUCGCGGAAAGCUUUCUCCAGCCUCUUAUGACUAUGCUCCGCCGCGGUGGUCGCUUUCGUCGGUCGACAUGGAAAGAAAUUAGUCCGUCGCCCGACGACCAAGGCUCAGUUUUAGAAAGCAAAUGGCUGAGUUGGGUCAGUCAAGAAUCCUUUCUCCGCUUGGUUCACCGAGCCUUUGAGUUUGAUCGGCAGUCCUCGAUGGCACUCCUCAAGCCACCGCUUAUAUCCUAUGCCGAGAUGCAACUUCCUCUACCGAGUGCGAACACGUUGUGGCAGGCCAAGAAUGCGGCCACCUGGAAGAUGGCGUAUUUGGAAAUGGCUUCAGUGACUACGAAGCGGCCGUCGGCUACCGAGUGUCUAUUGAACUUGGAACAUCAAGUUCAUGAUUAUGCCAAUUCGACGUAUCUUCAUAUGAUGUGGGGUCCAAUCUGGGAGUAUCGCCAGAUGUGCGCCUUGACAUCUAGAUCGCAAUCGCAGCCUACCAACAGUCUCAUAUUAUCGUCGCGUUAUCAAGAGCUCACAAAGCAGCUUGAAGAUUUCAGGCUGAGCACUCCGCCUAUGAGCAAGAGUGUUGAGAUAACACUAGAGAUCAUGUUGGUCCAUCUCAACGCACCUUUGGACGACAUCCAGCUCUUUGCGGGCAUCGAAGGGCAGGAAGAGGCACGGGGCGCAUACGUUGGUUUGCGGGAUUGGGCGAAGACUCCGUCGGCGCGUCAAGCCCUGUGGCACGCUGGCCAAAUCCUGCGUGCAGCUGAGGUGCUGCCGAAAGCUCUGCUCAGUAACUUCAACGCCAUUGCUGUCUACCAUGCGGGGCUCAUACUAUGGGUCUACGGUAUUCUCAAACGCUCUAUUACGACGGAACAGGGUCCGGUCGAUACGGCUGUCGUUCUCAACGGAGACGACCUGCUGAGCGCCCGAAAGUUCAUCACCCUAGACCGGGGCAUACCAGCCAUCAAGAGUUCCGGAUCACAAAAUCCCACCCAACUGACCGACGUCUGUGGAGUCAUGGAUAGCUUGACACAGCUCCUUCGAGCGCAUCAUGACGCGUCAGAACCAUCUCCACCGCUGGUCGGGAACUUGGUACAGUUGUUGGAAGGCCUCCGAUCUGCCAUCAGAUGA